AUGACACCAAGAGGAAGAGCUCUUGUACAAAGGUCUUCGCAGCCACCCUUCCCAAAAGAGAAAAGGAAGACAAGGCCAUCACUUGAGGAUACCAUAGAUGAUUUCAACUUUAUGGCAAGGAGAUUCCCUUAUGGUGUGCCGUUUGAUAAUGCUUGCAACAAGAGUCCAUUCAUGCAAGACCUAGCUUGGACACAAGAUUGGAGUCUAGCUGAAAUGGAAAAGAUGUAUGAGGAAGCAAGAAAGGGAAUGCCUAAACCUAGGUUUCUACACAAGCUUCAUGACCCAGGUUACUUCCUUAUACAUUUCUCUAUCAAUGGAAGCUACUUUGAUGAUGCUCUUUGCGAUUCCGGUUCUAGUGUGAACCUUAUGCCGGCCGAGAUAGCCAAGAAGUUGGGAUUGAUCAAUUCAAUUGUGAAAUCUCGAAUGGAUUUAAAGACAUUCAGCUUGAUUUUGGAGGCUGCAUAG